AUGAGCAGGAAUUCAUCUCCGCCCGAAGUCCUGCAGCUCUGCUACGAGAACGUGAACGGGUCCUGCGUGAAAACUCCCUACUCGCUUGGGUCCAGCGUCAUCCUAUACGCAGUCUUUGGCUUUGGGGCUGUGCUGGCUGUAUUUGGAAACCUCCUGGUGAUGAUCUCCAUCCUCCACUUCAAGCAGCUACAUUCUCCCACCAAUUUCCUCAUCGCGUCCUUGGCCUGCGCUGACUUCUGCGUGGGGCUCUCGGUGAUGCCCUUCAGCAUGGUCAGGUCCAUCGAGAGCUGCUGGUACUUCGGGAGAAGCUUCUGCACUUUCCACACCUGCUGUGACGUGGCAUUUUGUUACGCUUCUCUCUUCCACCUGUGCUUCAUCUCCAUCGACAGGCACAUCGCCGUCACCGACCCUCUGGUCUAUCCCACCAAGUUCACGGUGCCUGUGGCAGGAAUUUGUAUCAGCGUCUCCUGGAUUCUGCCGCUGGUGUACAGCGGGGCCGUGUUCUACACUGGGGUCUAUGACGACGGUCUGGAGGACAUAUCCAAUGCGCUCAACUGCGUAGGAGGGUGCCAGGUAGUUGUGAAUCAGAACUGGGUGCUGAUAGAUUUUCUCUCCUUCUUUAUCCCUACACUUGUUAUGAUCAUUCUGUACAGCAACAUUUUUCUGGUGGCUAGACAACAGGCUAAAAAGAUAGAAAAUGUUGGUAGCAAACCAGAAUCAUCCUCGGAGAGCUACAAAGCCAGAGUGGCAAGGAGAGAGAGAAAAGCCGCCAAGACCCUGGGAAUCACCGUGGUGGCGUUCAUGAUCUCGUGGUUGCCGUACAGCAUCGAUUCUUUAAUCGAUGCUUUUAUGGGAUUCAUCACUCCCGCCUACAUUUACGAGAUUUGCGUUUGGUGCGCUUAUUACAACUCAGCCAUGAAUCCCCUGAUCUAUGCUUUAUUUUAUCCAUGGUUUAAGAAAGCUAUUAGGGUUAUUAUAAGCGGCCAGGCCUUCAAGAACAGCUCAAGCACUAUGAGCUUGGUCUCUGAGCAAAUAUAA